AUGGCUGCCAAUCCCCUUGAAUCUAUCAAAUCAUGGUCCAGACAAACUAGCUUUUUCACCAACAACCAAACUCUUGGCCAACUCGACAGCAAAGUGCUCGACCAACGAAAUUCGAUCUAUACCGAACUCGAACGGUCCCAAGCUAAACAUGAACCCGGGUCAUGGCCACCAUCAACAGUACCACUCCAAGCUUACAAGCCAGUUCCACCAUUAACCUUUGGUGGAACUCUGAAGGUUUACUCACAGUUGGCUAAAUCACGCCUCACUUUCCUCAACGUUCUAGCUGCCAUGUCGGGUGUCGCAUUAUCACCUUUACCAGCUAGUGUACCUGUAUUGCUUGCGACAGCUACAGGGACGCUCUUGUGUUCUGCAUCCGCCAACACGUUUAACCAGCUCUCUGAAGUACCAUUCGACGCGCAAAUGGCACGAACAAGGAACCGCCCAAUCAUUCGACGAGCCAUUUCACCUCUACAUGCUGCAUGCUUUGGAGUCACCACAGGUAUCGUUGGUCCUGUUAUCCUAUUAGCCUACACGAACCCAGUCACAGCGGCACUUGGGUUCGGGAAUAUCAUACUAUAUUCUGGAAUCUACACCGCUCUCAAGCGAACAACUAUCGUCAAUACCUGGGUAGGAGCUGUAGUUGGUGCCGUUCCACCUCUAAUAGGAUGGACAGCCUGUGGCGGAUCCCUCCUCCCCUCCUCAACCACUCCUCUAUCUUUAUAUCUUCCAUCAUUCGUAUCCUCUUCUCAAAUCACCACUUAUAUUGCUUCCCUCCCAUCAUGGGCCAGCGAACUCGUCACCACAACACCAAUCCUCGACAACCCCCUCGCCCCUCUCGCCCUCUUCCUCUUCCACUUUUCCUGGCAAUUUCCGCACUUUAACGCCUUUUCCCACUACGUCCGUUCUUCCUAUGCACAAGCGGGAUAUGCGAUGCUCGCCGUAUUCGACCCCAAGAAGAACGCGCUCGUUUCCUUACGCCACGCAGCCCUUCUCAUCCUUAUUUCCUCCGUUCUCGUCCCUCUCUCGGGACUUGCCGAGUGGACAUUUGCGCUCACUAGUCUAGUACCCAAUGCCUUUUUCCUCCAUUACAGCUACAAGUUUUGGAAGUACGGAGGGGACAAGAUCGCACGUAGUUUGUUUGCGCAUAGUCUGUGGUAUCUACCCGUGAUGCUGGGAUUAAUGAUGUACCAUAAAAGAGGUACAGAUUGGCUCAGCUGGCUCGGUUUACGGGAGGCUCCUGUCACUGGAGAGGGGGUACAA